AGUCCAAUCACGUGGAACCCCGAGAUGUCCAGACUCUCUACUUCUAGGGACUUUACCCCAGCCGAAAUCGCUAUAAGAUGGCGAUGUAUUUCGCAUAUGCUAUUUUAUCAAGCGUAGCGCGUUGAGAUAUUUGAAUGGUUAUAAUUUUUGCAUCUAGCGUACACUUCUAAAAGAAAACCUCAUUACCCUCUUUUAAUUGGUCAUUUACCUCUGCAACGCAAUAAGGUUUGAGCUUGCAUAUUGAUAUACCAAUCAUUUAUUAUCAGCAAACAGUCCAACAGAAGCCUAUUCCACGUGGAAAAUAACAGGCAUGAUUUUUCCACAUUCAAAAUUCAAAUUACAUAGAACAACUCAUAUAGUGACAAUAAAGAUGAACUCAUAUUUCAACAGCUGGACUAUUGUAUUUCAAUUCUAACGUGCAAAUUCCUAAGCAAUGAAUCAUCAUUCAGAGAGUAUCAACUGCAAAAUCUUAUUUUACAAAAAGAAAUUUCUUUUAUUUAAUUUUUUUUAAUUAAAUUGCAAUGUGGAGGAGAAACGCACAUUUGAAAAUGCACUCGUGAAAUAUCCUUGGAUUCUCGUCGUCGUUCACUUAAUAGCUCUUCGUCGCACUGUCAUUAUCUGAUCUGAAUUUCCAUGACAUAAUUAAGCGUACGUCAUUGGUACAGCUUUUUCAUCUGCUCGUGUUCCGUGCGUUUUCAGCUUUGAAGUCUGUAAGUCCGCGCACAGUCCGUGAGUGAUGAAUUAAAUUGAUAACGUUUCUUACACAGCGGACCUGCGUUUCGUCGCUGCCUUCUUACUCGUUUAAUGUAUCAAAACUGACAAGAAACGAGAAGCAAAAGCGGAUUAUAUGCUUGGAGGUAACAAGUCAACGCGUGUUUUGAGCAACCGAGAUCAUCGUGGGAUUGGAAACAUAAAUGGGACGAAAGGCGUGGUAUACGAUCUCGAGCGGUAUGAUAAAUCGCGCCUUUGUCGUAGACGAGCCAGUAAAUCAGAAUGGCAUCGAAGUUAACGGACCCACUCAUGGACCUAACGCGAAGCCGGAGCGUCAACAAUGGGGGAACGACAAGGAGUUCUUGCUAUCCUGUAUUGCCAUGUCGGUCGGCCUUGGGAAUGUAUGGCGAUUCCCAUUCACGGCGUAUGAAAACGGUGGCGGCGCUUUCUUGAUACCGUACAUCAUCAUCCUGAUCGUUAUAGGGAAGCCAUAUUAUCUGCUGGAGAUGAUUCUAGGGCAAUUCUCCAGCCGGUCAGCCAUAAAGAUCUGGGCCAUCGCGCCAGCAUUUAGAGGCGUCGGCAUCGCGCAAUGUAUAACAAUGCUGGCACUGGCAUCCUAUUAUUGCUCGCUGAUGGCUUUGACUCUGUUCUAUCUCGUCGCCAGCUUCCAGACAGAAUUACCGUGGGGAAGAUGCCGGGAGGAAUGGGGCGAGUUCUGCGUAGACUCUUUACCCGGUAACCACAGUGCUAGGAUCGAGAACAUCAGCUAUUCCAGCUCUGCUGAACUGUAUUUCUAUAAAGAGGUACUACGAGAAAAGGACAACAUCGACGAUGGCAUCGGUAUACCGGAUUGGCGUCUAACAAUCACGCUCUUCAUCAGCUGGCUGACAGUUUUCCUCGUGGUGAUACGCGGCGUGCGCAGUUCCGGUAAAGCGGCGUAUUUUCUGGCAAUUUUUCCUUAUGUGGUUCUCAUCAUGCUGCUCGUAAGAGCGGUUACACUGGAUGGAUCCGCCGCUGGUAUUCUGUACUUCAUCACUCCGACGUGGGAGAAGCUGUUGACGCCGAUGAUCUGGUACCAUGCUGUCGCCCAAUGCUUCUUCUCAUUGACCGUUUGCUUCGGCGCUGUCGUUAUGUUCGCCUCGCACAACAAGUUCCAUCAUGACCUGUAUCGGGACGCGAUGAUCGUGACGACUUUGGAUACCUUUACCAGUUUGCUGGCCGGUUGCACAAUCUUCGCCAUUCUGGGCAAUCUCAGCUAUGAAUUAGGGACCGAGGAUAUCAGCACGGUGAUUAGAGGCGGUACCGGAUUGGCGUUCAUCUCUUACCCGGAGACGAUCGCCAAGUUCACGUUUGCACCGCAGUUCUUCGGUGUCGUAUUCUUCGCGAUGCUGUUCGUUCUAGGUAUCGGCAGUGAGGUCGGCCUUGCCUCCGCCAUAAUCUCUAUCGUGCACGACCAAUUCCCGAAGGUCAGGUACUGGCAUAUAGCGGUCGGCACUUGUCUCUGCGAGUUUUUAAUCGGUCUCAUAUACGUCACGCCGGGCGGUCAGUUCAUGAUAACCUUCGCCGAUUAUUAUGUGACCUCGUUUAUCGCUUUUCUACCGGCUGCUUUUGAAAUGAUCGCCAUCGCUUGGUCGUAUGGAUUAAGCAACUUCUUGAAUGAUAUCGACUUUAUGCUGAAGAGACGGCUAUCGAUAUUCUGGCGUAUCUGUUGGAGCGUCCUCACUCCUGGAAUUAUUCUUGUUAUUUUCAUCUAUUCAUUGGCUAAUCUUGAACUACUGAAAUAUAACAAGAAUUUUUAUCCAUAUUCAGUUUACGUCGUAGGUUGGAUACUCUUCUCUAUCGCUGUUUUCCAAAUACCUUUGUGGAUCGCCAUUGCGAUAUUCAAAAAGAGACAUCUUCCUUUCCAAAAAAUGAUCAAAGAAGCCUUCCGGCCAUCGAAAUCAUGGGGUCCGAACAACACGGAAGAUCGUAGAAAGUGGCUGGCCUUCCGAGAUCAGCGCGAUGCAGAAAAAAAAUGAUAUCGCGAAAAUGUAAAUCGCGGUAGUUCACUCCAAGGUCUGUUCUGGUGAUGUUUUAUUAACGAAAUCAACAAAGUGACAUUGUAAUAAAUCAUAUUCGUUAUUUUGUAAUCGAAACUUGGCGUUACAAUUAGUGGCAUAUAUGUCAUUACGAUUUCACGCUACUAUGCGUAAUGAUAAUGAUGAGUGGUUUCGUACUUCGUGUUUCGUGCAAGUCGCAGCUCAUUUGUCCUUGCCACGUAACUGUAUGUUCUGAAACUUGGUAGAAAUUGUGUGAAUCUGAUGAUGUCGCCAUGACUUGGCGAAUGUGCACAUUACAUGCAACGUUGAGGCAUUGUAACACUGAGCAAUUGCUUCUUAACGGAAAAAUUUCGAGAAGAGAUAUGCGUGAAUGAAAUACGUGAAAUAUUUUACAAGUCUGAUUUUCUGCAAAACAAAUACGAAGCAAUCGCAACAGCAUUGCUUCUCAAUAAAUAUAAUUACCAGUUAAUAAAUUAUUAAGAUUUAUGUACCGCUAUGAUGAGAUCUUAAAUUUGCGACGAUUUUAAAUGUUUUAUUAUGCAAGUAUGUGCAUAAUAAAUGUACAGCAUGCGCAACAUACAUGCUGCGUCUAUCUUCGUUUCCUUCUCUCGAUGUUGAGAGAAUGUACCGGUUCUCCUUUCGCUUAGAAAGGUCCUGCGUCAUUACACAUGAAGCGUGACAUAUGAUGACAUCACACAACUGUGACGUACGGAAUUAUUGCGAAUACAAAAGAUGGAAAAAGAGUCUUUGACGUACAACACGAA